AUGGACGAUGACACAGUAAAACAUAAGAGUCAUAGAGAUCGCAAUGCGGGCCGCAAGGCAGAAAAGAAAAAGGCUAAAAAGGAACAGGACACAACAUCGGAUAAACCGAAGAAUCCGAAAGCGUUCACAUUUAACUCCGCGAUUAAAGCAGAGAGAAAAUUUAGGCGCAAGCAAGAUCUCGAAACAAAGAAACAGCACAUACCUUUAGUUGAUAGAACACCCUUAGAGCCGCCACCGAUCUUGGUGGCUGUGGUAGGUCCACCGAAAGUGGGAAAAUCUCUGGUUAUUCAAUGUUUAAUUAAGAGUUACGUCAGACAGCCUCUGACCAAUAUUCUUGGUCCGGUCACUGUCGUGUCCGGCAAGAAACGAAGAAUCACAUUCAUGGAAUGCAACAAUGAUGUAAACAGCAUGAUCGAUAUUGCCAAAGUGGCAGACUUGGUGCUUUUGCUGGUGGAUGCCUCCUUUGGAUUUGAAAUGGAAAUAUUUGAAUUUUUAAAUAUAUGUCAGGUGCACGGCAUGCCCAGAAUAAUGGGUGUUCUCACUCACCUGGAUUUGAUAAAGAAUGCGAAACAAAUGAGGAAAACCAAGAAGACACUGAAGCAUCGCUUCUGGACAGAAGUGUAUGCUGGUUCCAAAUUGUUCUACCUGUCUGGAUUGCUGCACGAUGAAUAUCUUCGUACGGAGAUAAAGAAUUUGGCGCGUUUUAUAUCGGUUAUAAAAUUUAGGCCAUUGACUUGGCGCACCACUCAUCCCUAUAUACUUGCUGACAGAAUAGAAGACUUGACAUCGCCAGAAUUAAUUAGAAAGAAUCAAAAAGUUGACAGAACUGUUAGUCUGUACGGGUAUGUCAGAGGAAUUCCUUUGAACAAAGAGACAUCCAUUCAUAUACCAGGUUGUGGGGAUAUGAGAAUCAAGGACGUGAAUUUUCUACCGGAUCCCUGUCCACUUCCAGAACAGAUAAAGAAGCGAGCUUUAGUGGAAAAGGAACGACUAAUUUAUGCCCCGUUUUCCGGCGUCGGCGGUAUAGUUUAUGAUAAGGAUGCAGUGUAUGUGGAAUUGGGCGGAAGCCAUUCUUACAAGGACGAGGAUACAGGAUUAGCGGGCGCUCUGAUGGAUACGCAGGAGACGCUUGAUCAGAAAUUGCAACACAGCGAACUGCAAUUGUUCAGUGAUGCCGCGCCGAUAAAGUCAGAGGACGUGAAUGAAAGCAUGGCUCCCUACUCGGGCGAAUUAGUAAUGGAUAAUGGAAGGAUUCGGCGGAAAGUAAUAUUUAAUGAUGAAGCAGGUGCGGGAUCUGAGAAUGUCCAAGACGAAGAUGACGAUAAUGAUCAGGCGAAACAUGAAAAUGAAGACGAUGACAACGAUGAUGUCGAUGAUGACGAUGAAAUAAGCGAAAAUGAUGAAGAUGACGAUGAAGAUGAAUCCAGUGACGAGGAAAUUUCGGGAAAACCAAAUGGAAAAGCCGUUAAGAGAAAAAGUAAUGAGGAAGGCAAUGUGAGACAGAAGAAAAAGAAGAAAACUUCGAUUAAUGCAACUAUUGAAAAUGACAAUCUCGAUGAAUCUGAAUUAACGGGCGAUCAGAAAAAUGAUUUUAAAAAAAGUACAGAUGUAUAUCAUUCCCUGAGUAAGGAAUCAGACAAACUGAUAAAGAAUAAGAUUUCAGAAGCAUUGAAUUUUCUAGAAUCAACUAAGGAAAAUUCGAAACAGAACAAUGAGGACGAAAGUUUUGAUGAGCUCAGUGAUGAAGACUCGCGCGCGGGAUUAGAGAUGAACGAUCAGGCUAGUGAUUUCGAGGAAAAUGCAUCCGAAGAAAACGGAAAAGACGAUGAAGAAGGAGGAGAAAAAGAUGACAUUGAGAUGGACGAAAGCGAAGAGGAAGUCACGGACGAGUUAAAGUGGAAGAGAAAUUUAGCUAAGAAAGCGAAAGAAGCGUUCGUCAAUCGUCAACAGAAUAAUGUGAAUUUGAUGAAGAUGGUUUACGGCGUAUUUGACAAGAGCGCAAAUGUGACGGAAAAGAAGAAAGAGGAGAAAGAUAAUGAGAAGCCUGACGAUAUAGGCGAGAUAUUCCGAGUGGUUCAAGAACAACAAAAUCAGAAGAUACACGAGCGAGAAUUGCAAAAUCAAGAAGAGUCUGUUUUCUUUUCUACAGAGAGCUCACGCGAUUGGCUGGAAGAGGAGAACAAAGCGCUAAUAAUUAACCAUUUCGUGACGGGUAAAUGGAAGGAAUCGGAGGAUGCCGAGGAGCUUUUGAAGUUGGACGACGAGGAUCUAUACGGUGACUUUGAGGAUCUGGAGACCGGAGAGACGCACAAAGCGGAAGACUCAACUCCUAAGGAGCUAUCGGCGGAAGAGGCGGAAGAAAAGAAAAAGCUUCUGGAGAAGAAGAGAAAACUGAAGGAGCAGUUUAACGCGGAGUACGAUAAUACGGAAAAGAAAACAUACUACGACGAGUUAAAAGCCGAAGUGGAAAGACAAGCAGGUAUCAACAAGUCCGAGUUCGAAGGACUGGAUGACGAUGUCAGAGUCCAGCUGGAAGGUUAUCGUCCCGGCAUGUAUGUACGUUUGGAGCUCGAAGCGGUGCCGUGCGAGUUAAUCACGAAUUUGGAUCCAACGUAUCCAAUAAUCAUCGGCGGCCUGUUGCACGGCGAAGAGAACAUCGGCUACGUGCAGGCGCGAAUCAAGAAGCACCGAUGGUACUCGAAGAUCCUGAAGAGUCGCGAUCCGCUCAUAUUCUCUGUGGGUUGGCGUAGAUUCCAAUCAUUGCCAAUCUACUCGAAACUGGAGGACAAUCUGCGCCAUCGAAUGUUAAAGUACACACCGGAGCAUGUGGCGUGCAUUAGCCAUUUUUGGGGCCCGAUCACUCCGCAAAGUACUGGAAUUUUAGCGAUACAGGACGUCGCGAGUAAGGAACCGGGUUUCCGUAUCGCGGCGACCGGUUCGAUCGUGGAGUUGGACAAGAGCACGCAGGUGGUGAAGAAACUCAAGCUUACCGGCGUACCCAUGAAGAUCUAUCGCAAGACCGCGUUUAUCAAAGAUAUGUUCAAUAGCGCGCUCGAGGUGGCCAAGUUCGAGGGCGCUCGGAUCAAGACAGUCUCGGGUAUUCGCGGUCAGAUCAAGAAGGCGGUUGCUAAACCGGAGGGCUGCUUCCGCGCUACGUUCGAAGACAAAAUCAUGCUAAGCGACAUAGUAUUUUGCAGGACAUGGUAUAAGGUCGACGUGCCGCGUUUCUACAAUUCGGUGACGUCGCUGUUACUCCCGCCUGCGGAGAAGAAUCAGUGGCGAGGAAUGAAGACUACGGGUCAGUUGAAGCGAGAGAGAAACAUUCACGCCGUGGCCAACACGGACUCCAUGUAUACGCCGAUUACACGGGACGUCAAAGUGUUUAAACCGCUGUCCAUUCCGCGCAAGUUGCAAAAGGAACUUCCGUACAGGGAUAAACCUAAGCUCCAAUCCGUACCGCACUUGCGCAAGUCCAAGUUUAAACAAGGCCGAGUUGCCGUAGUACGCGAGCCCAACGAAGAGAACGUCGCGCGUUUAAUGAGGAUGAUCAGGACGAAUUACGCGAAGAAGCAGAAGCAGACAAAGGAGGUCAUGACGAAGAGGAUAACGGCGUACCAGGCGCGAGUAGCGGAGGAAGAAGCCAAAAAGAUGAAGAAGCAAAAGCAGAUGAAGAAGGAGAUAUUUAGGGAUCUCAGUAAACUAGAAAAAAAGAAGAAACGGUGAGAUUCCUAAGGAAGGAUAUGAAUGUAUAUAAUAACGUGUUAAUAAAAAAAA